AUGGGUCACGAAGAUGCUGUGUAUCUUGCCAAGCUGGCCGAGCAGGCUGAGCGCUACGAAGAGAUGGUUGAGAACAUGAAGAUCGUCGCCUCCGAGGACCGUGAUCUUACCGUCGAGGAGCGCAAUCUCCUGUCCGUCGCUUACAAGAAUGUCAUCGGUGCCCGACGUGCCUCGUGGCGAAUCGUUACCUCCAUCGAGCAGAAGGAGGAGUCUAAGGGUAACUCGUCCCAGGUUGGUCUCAUCAAGGAGUACCGACAGAAGAUCGAGGCCGAGCUUGCCAAGAUCUGCGACGACAUUCUUGACGUUCUCGACAAGCACCUUAUCCCGUCUGCUAAGUCUGGAGAGUCGAAGGUUUUCUACCACAAGAUGAAGGGUGACUACCACCGCUACCUCGCUGAGUUCGCCGUUGGUGAUCGACGAAAGGAGUCCGCAGACAAGUCGCUUGAGGCCUACAAGGCUGCUACUGAGGUCGCCCAGACCGAGCUCCCUCCCACGCACCCCAUCCGUCUUGGUCUUGCCCUGAACUUCUCCGUCUUCUACUACGAGAUUCUCAACGCCCCCGACCAAGCUUGCCAUCUUGCGAAGCAAGCUUUCGACGAUGCGAUUGCUGAACUCGACACCCUAAGCGAGGAAAGCUACAAGGACUCGACUCUCAUCAUGCAACUCCUCCGAGACAACCUCACCCUCUGGACUUCUUCCGAGGCAGAACCCCCCGCGGAGUCGGCCGCAGCCCCUGCUCAGGAGGCUGAAAAGACCAGCGACACUCCGGCCGAGGAGCCUAAGGCUGCUGCCGAGUAA